CCGAAAUGUCUGGCCUUGCGAUACCAGCCUUUAUUAUCGGCCUCGGUGGUUUGAUCUCAGUUUUUGAGAAGGGCUUUGAAGUAUGGCGUGUUAUUCGAAGAGCCGACGAUUUUGGGGAUGAUGUUGCAGAUUGGAUGUGCAAGCUGGAGAUGGAGUUCUUUCGAUUCCAGACGUGGUGGACUGCUUUGGAGCAUCUUGCGAUCACGAAAAAGUCGUCGCAUUCUGUUCUCAAUGUUCCGCUUCAGUCUUCGCCUCUACAGGUGACGCUGGAUAAGCAGUUCGGCAAACCCAUUAUUGAUGCUGCGACUAGCGUCUUGAGACUUCUUGAGAAAAUUGAGGGGAUUCUCCAGCGGAACGGCGUAUUGGUGGUCAUGCAGGCAGAGCCGGCCGUGACGGAUCAUGACGGAGACCUUGGGGAGGCCACUGCGAAAUCGAGACAACGGCUCAAGCGCUUCGCCAAUGAACUUUUGAAGCAUACACCAUGGACAACUCGGAUCAAACACAGCACGAGUCCAUGGAAAGAAGACACUGACAAAACCACACUCGAUGAUUCACUGGAGUCCAUGAUAUACUGGAACAAUACUCUCUACAGCAUACUGCCUCAGAAUAUUCGGGACAGUAUUCUCGAGCUCGGAAUCGCAGGCUACGCUCUGGACUCGCCAGAAAACAUUAAGGACAUCGUCAACUUAUCCAACAAUCGCAAUGGGACACUGAGCCAAAGCGCCAAGCUCAUGACGAUACGACGGCGCUUCAAAGACGGUUCGGAUUUGAGCGUGGAUCUCGAUGCUAUCCUCCAAAAGAUGGAACUCAAAGAUGCUGCAUUCGAAGGUCUCGUCGCAGCAGAUGUCUUUAAAGGAUGUCAAUACACAAUAUCGCAGUACGCAUCUCAAGAUGGUCAGAUCUCGCGAGUUCUCAUUGAGUGGAUACCUAUUCCAAAAGACUUUGGUGCUUAUAAACUAGCUCACUCUCGCAUGGCACAGAUCUCGUGGACUUUACAGCAGAUUGGAACUUUCUCGGCAAUACAGGCUUAUCCUGCUCUUGGAUUCGUCGAGUUUGGGAGCGCCAGAUCUUUUGGUCUCGUGUCGACCUUACCUCGCAGCUUUACGUCCUCUACCAAGGUGUAUACGCUUUACGAUAUGCUAUCUGGUGGCCAAAAAUCGGCGGCCGGUAGUAAAUCAGCUUCGCGAGUGCAGCAUGCUCUUCCAAGUCUGAACCAGCGCCUCCAGCUUGCUUCAAAGCUGGCCAUGGGAUUCUACACUUUUCUCUUAACUCGAUGGCAUCACGAGCGGUUCAAUUCUCUGCACAUCGCAUUUCUCACAGAUGAAGGGGACGCAAAGUCGAAGACACUUGACCUUACUCAACCUAUCAUCGGCGGCUUCGCGAUCUCACGACCAGAUUCACCUACCGAACUAUCCAUCUCAGCAUCAGUGGAGGAUACAGAAGUCGUAUACCUGCAUCCUGAUAUACGCAAGCGACUGAAAUCGGGAUCCAAACAAAACGGUGACGAACAGCGCUUCCAGCGGGUCCACGAUAUCUAUACUGUUGGACUAUUACUUGCUGAGAUUGGCUACUGGCGGCCCAUUGCAAAGGUUGCUGAAUCUGGGUUUAAGGGCUCGAAAGCAGACUCGAUGUCCCCUGAGCAGUUCAAAGAAGCUGUUGUCAAGAAGUGUAAAUCGGAUCUAGCCUUCUUCGCCGGUGAGACUUACAGGGAUAUCACACUGCGAUGCUUACUGGCUGAAACGGUCGAUAUCAACGAAACUCCAGAUUUCGACCUCAUCUCUUCAACAUGGGGAAAUCCAGAUAGUGUUGAUCCAGGCGACACUGAUGAAUACGGUCCCAUGCAUCGCUACCCCAUCGCCAUCAAUGGAAAGCUGAUGUUUCUGCCGAAAAACAUCUACGAAGCUCUCAAGAUGGCUCAUAAGGUCAAUGAUCCCGUUGAGCAGCGCAAUGAACUCUUCUUGGAGACAGAGUUGAUGACAGCCGUGGAAAACAAUCAUCGACCAAAGGUUCAACGGCUACUAGAACAAGGUGCUCAUAUCCAUGCGCAGGAUUGUUUCGGCAAGACAGCAAUUCAUCAAGCAGCACAACUUGGUCAUUUUGAUAUCAUCAACAUCCUUCUCGACUAUGGUGCCAGUAUGAAGGUAAUUGACUCGCAUGGUAAAACGCCAAUGGACUACAUCACAUACACGAAGCCAAAGGACUGGGAAAAUGUUGAAGAAAUUGCUUAUAAGAUGCAAAAGACGCCGGCGGACAGAGAACUUGUUCCUAUUCCGGAGGUUGUUCGGGUUGGGAGACCGAUGUGGAUUGAUGCAAUUUGUAUCGAUCAGAGCAAUUCGGAGGAGCGAUCUAACCAUGGUUCUUUGAUCGCGCAGAUUUACUGCCGUGCUAACUCUGUCAUCGCCUGGGUUGGAGUUCAGAACGACAAUACUAAGCUUGCGCCAGAAGCCAUCUUAUCAAUCCUUCGAGCUGAUGGCAAAGACGUGGAUGAAACCAUGUCUGAUGAAACUCUUUCUGUCGCAAAUGCUGGAUGUUCAUAUAUUCCCUCUGAUGAAGAAAAGUCCUCCAUCAUCGGAUUUCUGAGACGAUCUUGGUUUGAACGGGAAGAUCUGAUGCACGAGGUUGCUUUCGGGAGAGCAAUUACUGUUUACUGCGGCAUGGAUGCGCUUCUAUUUUCAUCUAUAAUGGAAUUUUUCAGACGAGAGACAUAUAGUGGUACAUUCUUGCCUCCUGACCUUCAAGUUUGGUCUUUGCUUGGAAGUACAAGUUCGAAGAAACGAAGCUCACUGGGCUCGAGAUCAAGGAGGAAGAGGAUGCGGCGAGAUUCGAUUUCUGGAUGA